GUGGUUAUCACAUAAAAAUAGGAGAAGAAAAUAGAAACAACACAAAACCCAAAACCCCCUUAUUGCUUCUUCUGCUCCCUCUCCGUCCCGUUCCGAAUGUUCAGUAAGCCGACAAAAAUCACACCUAACAAGAUAUACAUACUCCAUCCAAUACAUUAUUUUCACCAUUAAUUAAAUCCAUAUAUAUGGUGUCUGUCAGUUGCAUUUUCAUUUUAUUAGAAAAUUGAAUCAGCUUUCACAUUACAAAAGUUUCUGAACCGUUACCGUACAGCACCCCACCAUAAUUUUCUAUCCCCAGAAAUCACUCCACCAUUCACAUUUUCUACUCUCAGUGACAGAUUUUAAGGAGUUUCUGUGGAUUUGCCACAAUUUAUAGCUUCAAAAAUAUCAGUACAGAUUUAACUUAUAUAUACAAAAAAUUUAUGAAUCAUGGAUCGAGCACUGGCUACUACUGUACUUGCUUUGAGCUCAUAGGGUUUGGGUUUUACACUUAAAUUAUGUGAAACCCUAGCUUGAAAAAGGUUAAAUUUGAUUGCAAAUGGGGAACUGCUGUAGAUCUCCGGCAGCUGUAGCUAGAGAAGAUGUAAAGUCAUCUAACUACUCCGGCAACGAUCACGGCCGGAAAGAGAAGUCCGGCAACAAGCAGAAACAGAAGCAGAUCACUGUGUUAACUGAUAUAAAGAAGGAGAAUAUCGAGGAGAGGUAUAUAAUUGAUAGAGAAUUAGGCAGGGGUGAAUUUGGAGUGACUUACCUUUGCAUCGAUCGUAGCAAUAGGGACGAAUUGGCUUGCAAGUCGAUUUCGAAGCGGAAGCUGAGGACGGCUGUGGAUGUCGAGGAUGUAAGGCGAGAAGUGGCGAUUAUGAAGCAUUUGCCUAGGGAUUCGAGUAUUGUGAGGUUAAAGGAGGCGUGUGAGGAUGAGAAUGCAGUGCAUUUGGUUAUGGAGUUGUGUGAGGGUGGGGAGCUGUUUGAUAGGAUCGUGGCUCGGGGGCAUUACACGGAGCGAGCCGCUGCUGCUGUCACGCGAACGAUUGUGGAGGUUGUGCAGCUCUGCCAUAAGCAUGGGGUGAUCCACAGAGACUUGAAGCCUGAGAACUUUUUGUAUGCUAAUAAAAAGGAGAAUUCACCUUUGAAAGCUAUUGAUUUUGGAUUAUCGAUUUUCUACAAGCCUGGUGAGAAGUUUUCUGAAAUAGUAGGAAGUCCUUAUUAUAUGGCUCCAGAAGUGCUCAAGCGGAACUAUGGACCAGAAAUAGAUAUAUGGAGUGCAGGAGUCAUUUUAUAUAUUUUGUUAUGUGGGGUUCCUCCAUUUUGGGCCGAAUCUGAACAAGGAGUUGCCCAGGCCAUCUUACGCGGGGCAAUAGAUUUCAAGCGUGAGCCCUGGCCAAGUGUUUCAGACAGUGCUAAGAAUCUUGUACGGCAGAUGCUGGAGCCAGAUCCAAAGCUACGACUGACUGCAAAAGAAGUACUUGAACAUCAUUGGCUUCUAAAUGCUAAGAAGGCUCCAAAUGUUCCUCUUGGGGAUAUGGUCAAGUCGAGACUUAAGCAGUUCGCACUGAUGAAUAGGUUUAAGAGAAAAGCUCUCAGGGUGAUUGCUGAUUUCUUGUCUAGUGAAGAAGUUGAAGACCUCAAAGAAAUGUUUAGCAAGAUAGAUACUGAUAAUGAUGGUAUUGUUUCUAUUGAAGAACUGAAAGCUGGACUUCACAAGGUCAAUUCACAGCUGGCUGAAUCUGAAGUGAAGAUGCUUAUUGAAGCUAUUGAUACUAACGGGAAAGGGACUCUGGACUAUGGGGAAUUUAUUGCUAUUUCACUCCAUCUUCAAAGGAUGGCAAAUGAUGAACAUCUGCACAGAGCUUUCUCCUUCUUCGACAAGGAUAAAAAUGGUUAUAUCGAACCAGACGAGCUUCGGGAUGCAUUGAUGGAGGACGGAUCAGAGGACAGUACCAAUGUUGCUAAUGACAUAUUCCAGGAAGUUGAUACGGACAAGGAUGGCCGCAUCAGCUAUGAUGAAUUUGCAGCGAUGAUGAAGACUGGGACAGAUUGGAGAAAGGCUUCUCGACAUUACUCAAGAGGGAGAUUUAAUAGCCUGAGUGUGAAGCUAAUGAAGGAUGGUUCACUUAACUUGGGGAAUGAGUAAAGUUUAGAGAGGCCACUCUUUCAUUCAUCAAAAUGAAGUACUGUAUCCGAUGUGCAUUGUUAUCGUACUCAGUAUCUUGUUAUUGUUUGUGGGGUUCGGUUUAGAUUGUUUUGUGAGUAAACCAAUUAGUUUAUAGCUGUUGGGGGAGGCCAAUCAAAAAUACAUAUUGUAUGAUUCUUUCCUCUACUCUUGACAACUUAUCUUGUCCACCAAAUCAAAAACUUGGAAACUUAGUAGACCAUAGUUUUUCUAUCUCUCUCUGUCUACUGAGUACGAUUUAUAUGAGCUUUCCUUUUUCUUC